AUGGCUGCAAACUAUUCUAUCACAGCAGCUUCGCCGAGCGUGCCAGGUCCCUUCAGUCAGUCCUUGGGAUGGAUGCCACCGAUGCCAGCCCCGGUAAACCCGGAGCACACCCCAAGCCAAAACCCGGUCACAUUCCCAUUCGCGUGGCCUCGCAACAUUCCUCCGCCGCCAGGCCUAGAGGUUCUAGGCGUGACUGCGCCCGCGCAUAACCCCGGCCAACACACGGCAUUCCCAGUCUCUCGGCCUGGCAAUAUUCCUCCCACGCCAGGCCUGGGCCAAGAGAUUCCAGAAGUGCCUGAGCCCAGUCAUGCCAACUUACGAUUUGGCAUCGGCAGUUUCGGGCACCCACACUUUUGCACCAGACCAUGCGUGCACAUGUCCAAGAGUGGAGUGUGCCCAUCGGGAGCGGAAUGCGCUUAUUGCCAUUUCCCACACCGUGCGGUUUGCAAGCCAGACGGGCAGCUUCGCCAGCGUAUCUUGGAUGCAAGCGACCAGGAGCUUCUCGCGACCUUCCUGCCCUUCAUCUUCAAGAAGGCGGCGAUUGAAGGCCUCCUUCCGCGCGUCGGCUGCUUGCUCCAGCUGAUCGAGGCGGAAGUCUACAAACCGCAAUCCGAGGCCAUUCCCCUAGGGAAGUUUCGGCCGAUGAGGAUGUCAUUCAUGCAUCUCGUUGAGAGCUGCAUGCACCGGCUACCUCCUCAUAUCCGAGCCGAAGUAAAUCGUAUCAAGUCGGAGCUCCCACCUCCCGUUGUCACGCAUGGCCGAGCUGGACCAGCUCUCAUGCUGUAG